CAUAUCACAGCAAAGAGCUGACACGUCGAGACUCAAGACUACAAGAGAUCGAGACACUAUUUUCUAUAGCAAAAAACAAUAGAUUACUCGAGACAGGCAAGUGAAAUUACAAUGGCAACAAACGGCAUCACAGUUGUAGAAACCAUCUCUGAAUUACUGAGCAAGGCAAGCUCGGCAUUUGAGGGGAAAUUUGGAGAGAAACCGACCGUGGCGGGAUGUGCCCCUGGACGAGUGAAUCUCAUCGGCGAGCACACGGACUACAACGAUGGAUUUGUUUUUCCAAUGGCGUUGCCGCAGGUCACACUUCUGGUUGGAAGGAAGACAACUUCUGGAGUAUGCCGAGUGCUGACUACAGCAGAAGGAACAGAUGAACCUAGGUAUACUGAAUUCCCUGUUCCUACUGCUCAAAAGCCCCUAGAGCCUGGUCUACCCAAGUGGGCCAACUAUGUGAAGGGUGUGGUCCAGAACUUUAAAGGCACACUGUGUUCUUUUGAUGCUGCCGUUGUGACAUCGGUACCUCUCGGGGGCGGUGUCUCCAGUUCGGCGUCGCUGGAGGUGGCUACCUACACAUUCCUGGAGGAGCUCACUGGAUGUAAAGCAUCCGACCUCACAGAGAAGGCCCUCGCUUGUCAGAAGGCCGAACAUGAUUUUCCGAAGAUGCCUUGCGGAAUCAUGGACCAGUUUGUUUCUGUUAUGGCGCAAGAAGGAAAUGCCUUGUUACUGGAUUGUAGGACCAUGGAGACGACCCAGGUGCCCCUAAGCGACCCGAACGUGGUGGUCCUGGUCACAAACUCCAACGUGAAGCACGAGCUGACGGGCAGCGAGUACCCCACCAGGAGGAAGCAGUGCGAACAGGCUGCCGCUAUCCUGGGCAAGAAGAGUCUCAGAGAUGCUACGCAAGAGGAAUUAGAUGCUACCAAUAAUAAUUUCUCGGACCAAACUGUGUUCAACCGAGCACGUCAUGUGAUUGGUGAGAUCAAGAGGACGACGGAUGCCGCCACAGCCCUGCAGAAAGGAGAUUAUGACCUCUUUGGCAAGUUGAUGGUAGAAAGUCACAAGUCACUCAGUGGAGACUACGAGGUGAGCUGUGCAGAAUUGGACCAGCUAGUGGAAGCUGCCAUGUCGGUAGACGGUGUCUAUGGCUCACGUAUGACAGGGGGAGGGUUCGGAGGUUGCACCGUGACGCUCCUCAAGAAAGAUGCCAUCGGCCGUGCCGUCAAGACCAUCAAGGAGAAGUACAGCGGUACACCAACCUUCUUCCUGUCAGUGGCGUCCAAAGGUGCGCACUCUCUGAAGCUCUGAGCUCGGAACACACAUCACAAACAGUUACCCCAAUUUUCUACUUUUUCUUCUCCAAGUAUGUACCCAUAUAGUAAGAAAUCUGGGAUCAAAAUGUGGGUAUUCUAAUUCUUUUGACAAUUAGUUCAUGAGGGAUUCAGCAGCUGGUAUACUAUAUAUUCAUCAGAUUUGAAGAUUGUAAUAUUUAGAAAACUUUUGUGACGUGAAUCUUUCAUAACUUGUAAGCAACAGCCAUAUUAGUGUCAAGAAACUAUUGUGAGUCACUAAAAUGCAGUGUUGUAACAGUUGUGAUUCCAUCAUUUCACGGCUUAAAACUUUUGCAAGUCUUAAACCUUUCCCAAACUUAAAACAUUUUAUGCGCACAAGUUUCAGGUUUUACAAUAGGCUUCAGAAUACUUCCUGCAAGGUAUUAGGUAUCAGGGUAUAAGGUAUUAGCUAAGUGCAAAUCAUGGAUAUUUGAUAGCAUUUCCACCCACCAAAGGUGGUGCCGGAGCAUUAUUUUGUUGGGUUCUCCGUUAAUUAGUAAAUGGUUCAUUAGAGCUAUCACAGUUUCACCAUGGACCUAACAUGGUUCAAGUCACCAAGUAUUACAAAGUCACAUGAUGUUAUCUCGAGGAAUUCUAGAACACUUUCAAAUUUAUCAAAUAAUUGAAUUGAUAAAUUUGGCGGCCUGUACCAAGGUGCAAUAUAAACAGGUUUCCGUUUACCAGCAUAUCAUAGAGGUCAAUUAUUGAAAUUAGAGGUAUUAUUGUUAUCACAAUAUGUCAAGAACUUCUUAAGGUAUGAGCUUCAAACACGGUGUGACAGUGUUACUAUAGGAAGAUGAUCCGAUUACAUUAUUGGACAAGUAGGUCAAGAUCAUAAUCGUUUGGUUAGAGAAAUUUGAUUAUAAGCUUUUUGUUUUCAUUGUGCUAUGUCCCAAAUAAUUCCAUCCAAUUCCUUUACCGAAUUUAGGGCGGAGGCAUAUAUUAGACACAGUCGCAUUUGUCUUGUUUUUUAAAGGUGCAAUGAACCUGUGUAAGGAUGUAAAUGCAGUAUGAUUAAGCAGCUGUUUUACUAUUAAACAUUUUAGAGGCAAGAGGUUCAUCAUAUUUGAUAGUUCAUGUGGGUUCUUUUAUAGUCUCUUUGUUAUGAACAAAAAAUUUAUCAAGUAUUGGACAUAUAUGCAGUUGUAGGAAACUUGUAACACUUCUAUAGUGGAGACUUGUGUAAUAUCUCUAGUGUGAUAUGUUCAUCUAAUAAACAUUUUUGGCAUGCAUUACAUCUAAUCCUUGGUACAUGUUCCAUAAAAUAACAGUGCUGUUCGCAAAGGCUGAAAAUUUCAAUUGCAAAUUAGUUUUAUUUAUAUGUAUGAAUGUUAUUCAAUCUAGAAAAGAAAUGCCUGAUAGUCGAUGGAUUUAAGUUUUAUUCUAAAUAAUAAUGGAUCCUGCUCAAUCUAAAAUAUCAAUAUUGUGAUGGCUUAAUCAUUUAAAG